AUGCGGUCGUUUUUGAGCACGGCCAUCUUUGUCUUCGCCGCUGCUGUUUCCGCCGUCAGCACCGCUGGGAAUCGGUUGCUGGUCGUGCUGGAUGAUGUGGCGGAGAAGGACAACUACAAGCAAUUCUUUGGCGAUUUGAGAGAGAGGGGAUACCAGAUUACGUAUGACACGCCGAGGAGCGAACAUGUCAAGCUGUUCCAUUUGGGGGAGAGAACGUACGACCACUUGGUGCUUUUGCCCGCCAAGGUCAAGGCUCUCGGACCCAACUUGACGCCCAACAUUCUCGUCGACUUUGUCAACGCCGACGGCAAUAUCCUCGUUGCUCUGUCGUCCACGACGCCCGCCUCCUCAUCACUGACGUCCCUGCUAUCUGAAAUUGACAUUGCGCUCCCUGCUGAACGUACCGGCACCGUUGUCGACCACUUCAACUACGAUACCGUUUCAGCUCCGGAAACCCACGAUGUCCUCGUUCUCGAUGCGCCGACUAGCGUUCGUCCCGGCCUCAAGAACUACUUUGACGUUUCGGGUGUGCUGUCCUUCCCCCAUGGUGCUGGACACACUCUGGGUGCUGGAGCGCUCUUGACGCCUGUGAUUCGCGCCCCUUCUACCGCCUACAGCUACAACCCCAAGGAGCAGGCUGAAGUUGUCGACCCGGAGGACCUGUUCGCCGCUGGUAAGCAGCUCGCUCUCGUGUCUGUCUUCCAGGCGCGUAAUUCGGCUAGAGUUGCGGUUGUCGGAUCCGCCGGAAUGCUGCAGGAUAAGUGGCUGGAUGCCAAGGUUUCCCGACCAGAUGGCAAGAAGGUCAAGCCUGAGAACCGCGAGUUUGCAAAGAGAAUUUCUGGUUGGGCGUUCCAGGAGAUUGGUGUUUUGCGCGUCAACAAUAUCGAGCACCAGCUCAAGGGGGACAAUGAGACGAACCCUGAGAUUUACCGCAUCAAGACUGACGUUUCCUACAGCAUUUCCGUCUCGGAAUACUCCUGGAACGCGUGGGAGCCAUAUAACCUCCCUGCAAACGAUGCCCUCCAGCUUGAAUUCUCCAUGUUGUCUCCAUUCCACCGUCUGGACCUUAAGCCCCUUAGCGUGAGCGACUCGGCCACCGUUUAUGGCACCGCCUUCACGCUGCCUGACCAGCACGGCAUCUUCAACUUCAAGGUCAACUACAAGCGUCCCUUUUUGACCUACGUCGAGGAGAAGAACACCGUCAGCGUGCGCCACAUUGCGCAUGAUGAGUGGCCCAGGAGUUAUGUCAUCUCAGGGGCGUGGCCUUGGAUCUCGGGCAUUGGGGCUACCGUCACGGGCUUUGUGGGCUUCUGCGCCAUCUGGAUGUAUAGUAAGCCUGUGGAGGGAAAGACUAAGAGGAAGUAA